AUGAAGAAAAAUCGUUUCGUAUCAUCAUCACGCCGAAAAUCGAGAAAACGUUAUUUUACAGCACCAUCACAUAUUCGUCGACGUUUAAUGAGCGCACCACUCAAUAAAGAGUUACGUCGACGUUAUGGUGUUAAGAGUUUACCAAUACGAAAAGAUGAUGAAGUAGCCAUUACAAGAGGCCAUUUUAAAGGACAGCCAUCUGGUAAAGUCACGCAAGUUUAUCGAAAAAAAUUUGUCGUACAUAUUGAACGUAUAACACGUGAAAAAGCCAAUGGAAAUACCGUUCAUAUUGGUAUUCAUCCGUCGAAGGUUCAACUAACAAAAUUGAAAUUAGAUCGUGAUCGAAAACGUAUCUUAGAUCGCCGUUCAACGACAAAACAAACACAAAAAGGAAAAUACAGUGCAGAAACUAUAGCACAAGGAUCAGCGCAAGAAACAGCAAUGGAAACAUCUUAA